CAUCACUGGAGGACUCUGGGCAAUAACACAGAUAUCCUCGAGUGAAAAACACAAAAAAUAGCAUCAGAGAGAGAGGCAGGAAAACUGUUUGUAUGGCACCUCAGUCGUGCGUAAUGAAUCCUGCGCAGGGAUCACCGCCCUCGGCUGCUCCGGAGGAGACCUCACCGGAGGACCGAGCCGCUGGUGGCACAGGGACUGAUGAGCUGGACCUAUCAUCUGUCCGAAGGUGUAAAACCAAAAGUUUAGAGCUGCCUUUCAGUGUGGAAUCACUCAUAUCAGGCAGGACGCCGGACAGGAGCAUCCACUCCCCGGAGCCUGGUUCAGGAUGCGUCCGCGGAGAGGAGACAGAGUGUGCGUCACUGAGGGGACUUAAUCGGCCCAAAGCAGAGGCGGGGGACCUCAGCGACAAGGAGACGAGUCCCUGGUAUCAGGCUACUUACGCAUCCCCUCCAAGACUUCCCAGCCCGAGUGCUUGUAAUCUACGGAAACACAAGAACAACAGGAAACCCAGAACUCCUUUCACAACCUCUCAGCUGCUUUCUCUGGAGAGGAAGUUCCGUCAGAAACAGUACCUCUCCAUCGCAGAGAGAGCCGAGUUCUCCAGCUCCCUCAGCCUCACAGAGACCCAGGUCAAGAUCUGGUUUCAGAACCGCAGGGCAAAGGCCAAGAGACUGCAGGAGGCCGAGCUGGAGAAGUUCAAGCUGGCCGCGAAGCCGCUGCUGCCGGCCUUCGCCUUCCCCUUCCCGAUGAGUGCGCACAUGGGCACACCGUCACUCUACGGGGCCCUGAACGGACCGCGGCCUGCCUUCCCCGUCCCAGGACUAUUCAGUGGACCAUAUGGGAUGUACUACUUGUCUUAACACACACCAACCUUGAACUGAAUCGUUGGGACUGCCGCUUUUUUAAAAAAAAAAAAAAAAUGCCUUUAUACAGUAAUAACACUGCAAAAAUGUCCAUCUUUUGAGCCAACCCGUCUGAAAUCUUAUAUUAAAUCUUAUGUGAAAUAUUUUUAUCAUAAUGAAAAAAAGUAUGUUUUUCUCAG